CAGUUGCGUCCUUUUUUCCUGUGGACGUGACUCAAAAAGCCCCCACACGUUUCGCGCACUUCGUAUAUUGAGGAGUGUCGCAGGCGACGCCUCUCACCUCUUUCACCAUCUUCAACGACUGCUGGUCCUACACAAUGGCAGCUCUUCGCUCCAUCGUCCGACCCAUCCAACAGCCUUCCCGCGCUCUCUCCACAAGUUCCUCCUCCAACCCUCGGCACCUUCUCUCUCUUUCCAAUGUGACGUCCACUGAACUAGCGACCCUCGUCAAUAAUGCUACCUACCACAAGACGCACAGAGCAGACACAUCAUGGCCGCUCCGAGAUGCCCUCUCCGGCCAAACCAUCGCGCUCCUCUUCUCCAAACUCUCAACGCGGACGCGAGUAUCCACCGAAGGCGCUGUGGCUUCGAUGGGCGGACAUCCUAUGUUCUUAGGCAAAAACGACAUACAACUGGGCGUCAAUGAAUCACUAUACGACACAUCGGUCGUGAUAUCGAGUAUGGUGUCGUCCAUCGUUGCACGAGUCGGACCUCACGCGGAUAUUGCAAACUUGGCCAAAGACUCGUCCGUGCCUGUCAUCAACGCGCUAUGCGACACAUACCACCCUAUGCAGAUCAUCGCCGACUUUGCGACGCUGACGCAGACCUUCAAGCAGCCAGCCGAGAAACUGAAAGGGUUGAAGAUCGCUUGGGUGGGGGAUGCCAACAACGUCCUAUUUGACAUGUGCAUUGGCGCGAAAAAGUUGGGGAUUGACAUGGCAGUUGCUACACCCAAGGGCUACGAGAUCCCUGGGAAGAUGAAGCAAGAAAUCAAGGAUACUGAGGGCCAAGGUACUUUGUCCGAGACAAAUCAGCCUGAAGAGGCCGUCAAGUCCUGCGACAUCAUCGUCACGGAUACGUGGAUCUCGAUGGGGCAGGAGGAAGAGAAGGCGAAACGGCUGAAGGAAUUUGAGGGCUUCCAAGUCACGGAAGAAAUGGCCCGCCGAGGAGGAGCUGGCAAGGAGUGGAAGUUCAUGCACUGUCUGCCCCGGCAUGCCGAGGAAGUUAGCGAUGAGGUGUUCUAUGGCAAGAGGUCUUUGGUUUUCCCGGAGGCGCAAAAUCGAUUAUGGUCUGCGAUUGCCACUCUAGAAGGUUUCGUGGCGAACAAGGGAGUGAUACGGCAGGCUGAAAAGUAAAGGUGUGGCGGGUUUAUUUCCCGUCUCUUGAAGAGAAAUGGUGGAAGAAACGAGAAUUGAACAAGGCGAAGUCAACAGGCGGAGAAGUAGAUACCCAUAUAUCAGAAGAUGACGUGCUGAAAAGAGAUGAAUUCCGCGGGUGUCAAUCCGCUGACGAAGAAAAUGAAGUGCGAAUGGUACAG